AUGUUUCGAAUCAAUAUCGUAUUGUUUACAAUCACAAUAGUGAUAUUCCACAGCAAUUAUGUGAAUAGUCUUGCUCAUGACACUGGCUUUGAAGCUAGUGCAUUGGGAAAUAUUAGUGUGGAUGGUGCACCAAUAUUUUCCAUUCCAUCACGCACUAUAACCGGAACAACGUUUGGUAAUUCAAUUAUGAAUAUUGGCCCGAAUCAAGUCAGAGAAGAUUUGAUCUUUGCUGAAUUUCAAGCUGGAAAUAUUCCUGAUUUCAUGAGAACUCCGAUUCCAAUUUCGGUUACAGCUGGUAAUGAUACACUUACAUAUUGGGUUCUUCCUGAUGUUCUCUGCGUUGGUACAAAUGCCGAUUAUUUACGAACACCACUAAAUCCGUUAACAGCUCGAAGAGUUGCCGAUAUAUACGGUGCUGUUCUGCCAACAAAGAAGAUGGCGCAUCAAAUCUGGCAAGCAGCAACAGUCAAGUUAACACCUAGCCCAAAUGGCCCACCGUACGAUUCGACAAUGAUGUCAACAGAACGUAUGGUAUUUCAUAAUACGAAAAUUCAAACUGCGCUCGGCAAUAAAACCCCCGGUGAAUUGAUUAGCGGUCAUAAAAAAGAUGUGGUAAUCACUACAGGAUUAUUGACAUAUCCACAAAAUGUAGCCAUUGUCGGGUGGUGGUACCCAUCAGGACAAAUGAUUCAACCAUUGAAUUACAAAUCACACGAUCGAUUUUAUAAAGACUACAGUCAUGGUAUACGACUGGUUAAUCGCAUGGUGACAAUCAAUGGACAAUGGUACGAUAUAUAUGAUGUGCUACGCAAUGCAGCAGUAGCAUCACUAAUAAGUGAUGAAGGUGCAUUUGAUGCUACACAAAUGUACAUUUGA